GCCCGUUAUCAGAGAAACAAGCUAAUCAGCAGUUAGUUGCAGCUGCUCUCAGAACAGCGUCGCAGAAACUCUUUAAACGUGAACCUGCUUCACUCAGAGUCUCUUCCGGUGUUCAUGACCGGGUCCGUUGCUUUAUGAGAGGAGGAGACCGUUAAAAAAACUCCUUAACGACGAACACUGAACGAAAACCUAACCGGGAGAAGUUGACCGCAAUGGUGGUGAAGACUACAACUCCCAUGAUGCCACGGUGCUUCAUGACGUCACCAAACCCCACCUGUUGUUGUCUCGCGAGAACUCAAGCAGCAUGUCAGACAGCAAGAGAAUUGUCCUCCUGGGAAAAACUGGAGUUGGGAAAAGCAGCGUGGCUAACACCAUAUUUGGAGAGCCACUGUUCAAGAUUGGACAUUCUGUGAACUCUGAAACUAAAGAAUGUCAAGCAGAAACUAAACCUGUCAAUGGAGGAAACAUCACUUUGAUUGACAGUCCUGGUUUCUUCGACACAGAUCAACCUGAGGACGAGAUGAAGUCUGCAAUAGUGAGGUGCAUCACAGAGUUCGCUCCUGGGCCUCAUGCCUUUCUCAUUGUGAUCAAAGUGGAGAGAUACACACUGCAGGAGCAGGCCGUCAUCGCUAAAAUGCACCAAUACUUUUCUGAAGAAUUUUUCCAGUUUGCGACAGUUCUCUUCACUCAUGGCGACCAGCUCCCUGAAGGAAAGACCAUUGAGAGCUUUAUCCGUGAUAAUAAGCUGGUGAUGGAGCUGGUGAAGAAGUGCGGAGGCCGCUGCCACGUCAUCGAUAACAAAUACUGGAAGAACAACCCGCAGGAAGAAUACAGGAGCAACCGGGUCCAGGUGAAGAAGCUCCUCAAGACGAUAGAGGAGAUGGUUAAGGCAAAUAAAGGAGGAUGCUACACCAAUGAGAUGCUUCAAGCAGUGGAGGAAAGAAUAAAGUGGGAGGAGACACGCAUUAUGCUGUCAUCACUAACGAUGUCACAUGAUCAGAUCAGACAGGUGGCUAAAGAGGCCGUACUUAAGGGCCUUUCUUCCGCAAUGGUAAAUGUCCCAGCAGUUGCAUUGAUUGGAGCUGUUUUUACUGGAGGGGUUUCCCUCGGAAUUCCUUUAGUUGUGGCAGCAGGGGCCGCCGCGGCAGCAGGGGCUGUCGUGGUAGUAGGGUCCGCUGUCGUGGAUGCAGGGGCCGCUGUCAUCGGAUGGUGUAAGGGCUUGUUUUAGAUCAAUUACUGGUGUAAAGUCCUAAUUCAAGAUUCAAGAGAGAUUCAAGAUGUUUUAUUUGUCACAUACACACACAGGGUGUGCAGUGAAAUGAAAGUGGCAAUGCUCAGCAGGAAUGUGCAAGGGCAACAAGUACACACUAUUUACAAUAAAAACCACAAUAUUUACAGUAAGUGUGUGUGUGUGUGUGUGUGUGUGUGUGUGUGUGUGUGUGUGUGUGUGUGUGUGCCUAAGAGGGGCAGUUGUGUGGGUCUAUGUGGUGGUCCUGGUGAGGUCGGAGUUCACAGUCCUGAUGGCCUGAGGAAAGAAACUCCGUCUCAGUCUCUCUGUUCUUGCAGCGUGACUACGGAGGCGCCUGCCUGACCGCAGCAGCUGAAACAGUCUGUUGUUGGGGUGGUGAGGAUCCUUCAUGAUCCUGCCGGCUCUGGUUCUGCACCUCCUGGUGUACAAGUCCUGCAGGGUGGGGAGUGUAGUUCCAAUAGUGCGCUCAGCCGAACGCACUACUCUCUGCAGAGCCUUCCUGUCCCGAGCGGAGCAGUUGCCAAACCAGGCUGUGAUGCUUCCUGUCAGGACGCUCUCUACAGCUCCAGAGUAGAAGGACUGAAGGAUCCUCUGGGAAACUUUAAAUUUCCUCAGCUGCCUGAGGUGGUAGAGGCGCUGCCUUGCCUUUCUCACCAGAGUGUCUGUGUCAUUGAUGGAAGAAAAUCUACUUCGGACGAAGUAAAACAUUGUUUGAGUUAAGAGAGUUUAAACCUGUAAUGAGCUCCGGCUCUUGGAGAGUUAGUUAAAAAGUCACAUCUCCCAAUGAAUUGCAUGAAAAUCUUGUUCCAACCAAUAUUUAACCACAGAGAGUAUUAUGGUGAAUCACAAGUAAUAUGUACUUAUUAUUCAUAAGAUUCAUCGCCAUUUAAUAUGAAUUACCUUCGAUGAAUUCUGAUUUAUUUCUUUUUUUUGAGCUACGAGUGUUUUGUUCUCAUAUAUCAAUAUAUUCUUCACAAUUAAUCUCGUAUUAUUUUGUUUAAGUUCAAUGAUGACAGCCGUAAAGUGUUUUUCUUUCAUAUAUCAAUAUGUGAUAACGUGUUCUUUGUUGAUUGAAUGAUAAGAAGUAAAUAAGUGAACACUUGGUUCACCUGAUCAUUUUGAAAUGUAAACUUUUGACAUUUUGUCUUUUCUUUUACUUAAUUAUCAACAUGAUUCAUCUUUGUAACCAUUUAUCUUCAAAACAAAUAAAACUGGUUUGUAUUCUGUACAUUCCAACCAAA